AUGGCGCCGCCUUCCCACUCGCCCGACACGUCAAUCUCUUCCCACACUCUCUCCAUCGGCUCCAUUCAACCGCCGCCCAUGGAACUUCCACCAACCGCGGCGACUUCGCCUACAAGUCUGCUCACCAAACCGCUCGCCUUCCUCCAGCCCACGGCGCAGCUCAAUGCGACUUUCCUUGCCGCUGCGAAACGAUAUCUCGAUCCAGUAGCCGCCGGCGUAAGCGCGUCACAAUCACAGCGACAACAAGAUCUGCGCAAGAAGCGGAAGCGGGGCGGCGGCUACGAUGAUGAUAUCAGCGUGCUACACUUGAAGAAGGUGCACUUGGACGGAUUCGGUGUGAACCAGGUCUUCGAACAGACGCGCAAGAUCGUCGAAGCGACAACGGAUGAGAUUGAACUUUCUCUGCCCGACCACGACGGUGGCCUUGUGCCUAUCCGUCAUGGCGAGGAAGACGACGACGAGGACAUUGAAGAGGCCGAGGAGGAGUACCACACCGACUCAGACAUUGGCGAAGAGGGCGUCGACUGGGAAUACGAUGGUGUGGACGAAGACGAGGAUGAAGACGCGCUUGAUGGCGAGCCGGACGAAGAGGACAUCGACAUGGAAGAUGGAGCAGACGGCAUCUUCUCCGACGAUGCGUCAGACGAUGCGCCCGCGGAAACCUACCAACCCGACCCCAACGGUCUCAACGACGGGUUCUUCUCCAUAGACGACUUCAACAAGCAAACCGACUUCCUGGAGCAGCAGGAUCAGAGGGGCGAGGGUGCGGACAGCGACGAUGACGAAGUAAACUGGGAGGCGGAUCCCAUGGAAGACGGCCCAUCCACAGGCAAAGCCAAUGGCAUCGCAGGAGAUGCAUCCGGCGAUGAGUCUGACGAGGGCGGACCAACCUUCGGCAACGUUGAUCUGAAUGCACCAGAAGGCGACAGUGGCGAUGAGGACGACCUCGAGGACGGUGACUUAGAUGGCCUUGACACCGGUAUGAACGCCAACAACGUCAUGUACAAGGACUUCUUCGCGCCUCCCGCACAAAAGGCGAGCAAGAACAAGAACGGCAAGAAGCGCGGACGACCCAACCCCCACAACUUCCCCGAGAAGCAGUCGCAACCAGCAGAGGAAGUUGAGGAGGACGUGGAAGGAACCAUGGCCAGGGUACACCGAGAUCUCUUUGAAGAUGACGACGAUAUGGAAAGCGAGGGCGACCUCUCCGACGUAGACCCCUCAGACCCCAAGUCGAGACGAUCAACACACGAGCGGAGACAGGCCAAGAUCGCAGAGGAGAUCCGAAAACUGGAAGCAGCCAACGUUGCGAAACGGGAAUGGCAGCUAUCUGGCGAAGCCCGCGCAGCAGACCGACCAGUAAACUCGCUUCUCGAAGAGAACCUCGAGUUUGAACGCGCCGGCAAACCCGUCCCCAUAGUCACGCAAGAAACUUCCGAAGACAUCGAAGCGCUCAUCAAGCGCCGCAUCCUAGCCGGCGAAUUCGACGAGAUCCACCGCCGCCGACCCGACGACCUCGCCACCGGCCCCCGACGAGGCCGCUUCGAGCUCGACGACACAAAGUCCGGCAAAGGCCUCGCCGAAAUCUACGAAGAAGAGCAUCUACGCGAGACAGACCCCAACUUCGUCGAAGCCAAAGACGAGAAGCUAAAGAAGGAGCACGACGAAAUCACCGCGUUAUGGAAGAGCAUAUCCGCCAAACUCGACUCCCUCAGCUCCUCGCACUUCAAGCCCAAGCCCGCAGCGCCCAACCUAGAAAUCCGGACCGAUGCGCCCGCCAUCGAGAUGGAAGACGCGCGGCCCACCGCUGGCGGCGAGGUCGCGAGCGCAAGUAUGCUCGCGCCGCAAGAAAUCUACAAGCCGGGCGAGGACAAGAGCAAGAGCGAGAUUGUUACCAAGAGCGGUAUGCCAGUCGCCCACGACGAGAUGUCGCGGGAAGAGAAGAUGUCGAGAAGGAGACGAGCAAAGGAGAGGGCGAAGAAGGCUGGGCUUAAUAAGCCGGUGCAGAAGAAGACGGAGGGCAAGGAGAAGAAGAGGGGUGAGAAGAAGCAACUUGUGUCGGAUCUUAAGAAGGGUGGUGUGCAAAUUAUUGGACGGAAGGGUGUUAUUACUGAUGUGGAGGGUAAGGAGGUUAAGGAGGCUGCGAAGAGAGGCGCUGGCAGCUUUAAGCUGUGA